UUUCAAUAUCGGCAACGAGAAUUAUGAAGCAUUAAUCCAUCCACGAUAGCAGGCAGCAUAUCAAUGGCUCAAAUUAAGAACAGUGGACCCCACUCAUCAGACACAGAACCCACGUACACUGCAAAAUACGUGCACGUUUCCUAUAAAUACGUCCACUCUCCUUCUGCACGCUUCCAGACACCAAACACCUCCACACUCCGAACCGACGAAGAUGCCUCCCAAGGGAACAAUCGUCUUCACGACCGUCGGCGUCGUGCACUAUGGCUUCGACGUAUUCUCCGUCACUCUCCCGUCAAAACUCGACGCCCUAACGGAGCUCACGGAACGCCGUUUAACAGACGGUAUAUCCGUCAACUAUAACGGCCAAUUCGUCGACGAAAACGAAACCCUCGUCUACGUAUCGGAACGUACCGGCUCCGCUCGUCUCUACCUCAACCGCACGAAAACUCCGACACCUGAGCACCUCCCCUCGAUUCCCGAAAGCCUCUUCCACGAUCGCCCGACCGUCCGUAACGGACUUCUCUACUUCGUAUCGGCCCACGAACCAGCCGAUAAACCGCUCAAAAGCUCCUUGGCCGUGUACUCGACCCGGCUCGACCAAACGAAGACUGUUGUCCGUCUCACGCCGCACGGAGCCGUCGAUUACAGCCCGGCCAUUUCGCGGACCGGAAAAUACGUCGCCGUUGCUUCGUACGGUUCCCGGCCAUGGGCUGGCGACUUCAACGAGCUCCAGACAGAUAUCGUCGUCUUUCCAGAAUCCGAUCCGGCGAAUCGGACGGUCAUUUGCAACCGCGGCGGAUGGCCGGCGUGGUCCGGCGACUCCUCCAUCUUCUUCCACCGGAAAGCGGUCGACGGGUGGUGGAGCAUUUUCCGGGCAGAUCUGCCGGAAAACCUGAAGAAUUUUAAAGGGUCUGGCGAAGCUCGUCGGAUUACUCCGCCGGGGCUCCACGCCUUUACCCCGGCGGCGGCUCACGACGGAAAACGGAUCGCGGUCGCAACUCGGCGGCCGGGAAAGGAAUUCCGGCACGUCGAAAUCUUCGAUCUCGAAUCAGAGAGGUUUUACAAGGUGACGGAAUCUAUAAACCCUAAUUUCCACCAUUACAAUCCCUUCUUCUCUCCAGAAUCGGGAAUCUUGGGUUACCACCGAUUCCGAGGCGAGUCGGAAUCGGGCGAGUCGACGGUUCCGCAUCUCGACCCCGUGGCGUCUCCGGUAAAAGAGCUGAGGAUGGUCCGUCUCAACGGAUGGUUCCCUUCGUUCUCUCCAAACGGCGAUCUGAUCGCAUUCAACCACGACUUCGACUCGAAGUCGGGGGUGCGGGUCGUGAGAUCGGACGGUUCGAAGCGAUGGACGGUUCUGAAAGACCGGACGGCGUUUCACACGGCGUGGAGCCCGACGGAGAAGGGGGUCAUAUACACGUCCGUGGGGCCCGUCUUCCAGACCGUGAAAUCGACGGUCCAGAUCGCGCGCAUCUCUUUCGAUCCGACGGAUCUGGACGAUCGGGAGGAGAUCAGAGCCGAUGUGAAGAUUCUAACAAGGGAAGAUACAGGCAACAACGCAUUCCCGUCCUGCUCACCGGACGGGAAGUUUCUGGUCUUCCGGUCGGGACGGUCCGGUCACAAGAACCUCUACGUGGUUGACGCCAUUAACGGAGAGUUUAACGGCGGGAUCCGUCAGCUGACGGACGGGCCGUGGAUCGACACGAUGCCGAGCUGGUCUCCAGACGGUGAAUUCAUAGCCUUCUCGUCCAAUCGUCAUAACCCGGAUAACGUCGAGGCCUUCAGCAUCUAUCUCAUCCGUCCGGACGGGACGGGGCUGCGCCGCGUCUACGUGGCUGGGCCUGAGGGAUCUGAUGACGUGGAUAGGGAGAGGAUCAACCACGUGUGCUUCAGCCCUGACUCCACGUGGCUGGUCUUCACCGCAAAUUUGGGUGGGGUGUCAGGAGAGCCGGUUUCGAUGCCUAAUCAAUUCCAGCCAUAUGGAGAGAUUUUCGUUGCCAGGUUGGACGGUAGCGAGCUGAAGAGGCUGACGUGGAAUGCUUACGAGGAUGGAACGCCAGCGUGGCACCCGGGCAGCGUGGAGCUUGACAUCGGGUCGUUGGGGCUGGGGACUCGAGUCGGAGACAAGCUUAGAGGCGAAUUUCAAGAGCCAUUGUGGAUAUCUUGUGACAUAUGAAAUGAAAAUCCUACUCUUUAAGGCGUGCUUUUUAU